AUGGCUCUCUUUGCAGCUAAAAGAACAAAGGACAUAAGUUUCUGCAAAGUUUUAGGCAAUUCCGAAAGGGGCAAGCCCAAAAGGAAAUGUAUAGGUGACAAAGGCACAGGAUAUCGGAGGAAAAUGGGAGAUUUAUUUGAAGCAGUCUGGCCUCUAGUUUUACUGAAUCUCAUUACAGAUGCAUCUCCUAUGAAUAAGAGAUGUAUGUUAACUACUUCUUCAAACUUGGAAGGAAUGACACAACCUGGAGAUGUCAUGUUUGGAUUUGUUGUCCCACUCCAUUUGGAAUGGGUUUAUCAAAAAGUUUCUUUCACUACGAGACCUCCAAAGGUCCCCUGUACAACAUUUCAUGUUGACAGCUAUCAACAGAUCCAAGCACUGAUAUUUGCAGUGGAAGAGAUCAACAAUAACCCCAAUCUUCUACCCAACACAACUUUGGGCUUCCAGGUAUAUGACUCAUGUGAUGUUAUUCAGUAUGACUUGGAUGGUGCUUUGCAGAUACUGACUGGAUCAAGCACAGCCAUUGCCAACUACAGAUGUCUUGAGGAUAUUCCUGGUAGUGCUAUUAUUGGAGCAGCCCUCUCCUCCAACUCUGUCCUCCUAGCACAUGUUCUGGGACUCUUCCGGUAUCCUCAGAUCAGCCAUUUAGCAACAAGUCGCCUAUUAAGUGACAGAAACAAGUUUCCAUCUUUCUUCAGAACUGUUCCUAGUGAUGUGUUUCAGUCUCAAGGACUGGCUAAGCUUGUAUUAUAUUUUGGUUGGACAUGGAUAGGUCUGGUGGCUGUGGACAAUGAUUAUGGUCAGCAAGGUAUAAAUGUGGUCAAGCAGGAGAUCACCAAGGCCGGAGCUUGCAUUGCCUUCACUGUAAGCAUUCUUGUAAGUCAACCUGAUCGCAACGCUCUCCACAUAGUUAGGGUCAUUCAGCAGUCUUCAGCCAGAGUUGUCAUUGUCUUCUCCACAAUACUUGACUUGAUUCCAGUUGUGCAAGAGAUGUUGAAGCAGAAGAUUUAUGGGAAAACAUUCAUUGCCAGUGAGGGUUGGUCAACAUCACCAUUAUAUGCCACAGAAGAUGUUUAUAAAAUUUUCUCGGGGACAGUUGGAUUGGCUCUCUACAGUGGAGUGAUUCCAGGAUUUGAAGAUUUCCUGAGCAAUUUUCACCUUUUCAGUGGUAUAGGAAGAAAUUGGUUGAAGCUGCGUUGGGAGGAAAUGUUCAAUUGCGAAUUUAGAACUACGAAAACUGAUGGAAACUACUCCACAAUACUGAGGAAUGUGUGCACAGGGAGUGAGUCUCUCAAAGGAACGCAGAAUGGUUACCAUGAUGUAUCCAGUUUGAGAAAUCCAUACAAUGUCUACAAAGCAGUGCAUAUCUUAGCUCAAGCAUUAAUGGAUCUUGAAAGCUGUAGACCAGGUACAGGGCCAUUUCCUAAUGCAAGUUGUGCACAUAUUAGGAACGUCAAGCCAUGGCAGCUCUUGUACUACAUGAAGAAUUCCAGACUCACUCUGAGCAAUGGCAGAGAGCUUUACUUUGAUGAAAACGGAGACCCACCAGCAUUAUACGACAUCGUAAACUGGCAGCUGAACCCAGAUGGCACGAUACACCACCUUAAGAUUGGCAGCUAUGACACUGUGGCAAUCCCUAGUCAAAUGUUCACUAUUAACAAAAGUGCAAUUUUCUGGGUGGAUGGAGAGAGACAGGUCCCCAUCUCUGUUUGCAGUCAAAGUUGUCCUCCAGGAUUUCGAAAGGCUGCCAAACCUGGAGAACCACCCUGCUGCCUUCAAUGCCUCCCCUGUGCACAAGGAGAGAUUUCCAACCAGUCAGAUUCUUUUGAGUGCUACAAGUGUCCUUGGGAUAAGUGGCCAGACCAUCAGAAAGCAAAAUGCCUUCAAAAAAGUAUAGAUUACCUUUCUUAUGAAGAUUUUCUUGGACUUUCUUUGGCAAUCAUCAGCAUUGGGUCGUCUUUUGUUCCAGCCGUGAUUCUUAAAAUUAUCACAAAGAACAAACAAAGUGCCAUUGUGAAAGCCAGCAAUUUUUCUUUAAGUUGCCUUCUUCUAGGAUCUUUAGCACUGUGCUUCCUCAGCUCCUUAAUUUUCAUUGGGUCCCCCAACAGGGAGAGCUGUCUGUUACGUCAGGCUACAUUUGGCUUGACUUUUGUUCUCUGCAUAUCCUGUAUCUUGGCUAAGACAAUCAUGGUGUUGCUUGCAUUCUUGGCUGUCAAACCAUUAAGUAGGCUGAAAAAAUGGACUAAUAUUCGGAUGGCCUAUGCAAUUACAACACUUUGUUUCUUAGUACAGGUCAUCUUGUGCAUUACUUGGCUGUCUCUAGCUCCUCCAUAUCCACAGUACAACACUCAUGUUUACCCAGAACUAAUUAUUGCUGAGUGCAAUGAAGGCUCUACUUUUGCUUUUUGGACCAUGUUGGGUUACCUAUUUCUCCUGGCCACUAUAAGCUUUAUUGUUGCUUUCCUGGCUAGGAGACUUCCUGACAGCUUUAACGAGGCCCAGUUUAUCACAUUCAGUAUGCUGGCCCUCCUGAGUGUCUGGAUAUCUUAUAUCCCAGCAACCCUUAGUGCUCAGGGCAAGUACACAGUGGCAAUGGAAAUCUUUGCCAUUUUGGCUUCCAGCUGGGCUCUAGUCUUCUGCAUGUUCCUUCCUAAAUGUUUCAUCAUAUUGUUUAGACCACACAUGAACUCCAGGGAAAUACUAAUGAGGAGAGAUAGGCCUAACACCCCAACAUCUUCCAAAAUAUGUACAUUGCCUCAGUGAUUGGUCUUUUUUUUUAGUUGGGUUGCAUUGAAUUUGUUAAGUUAACCACUUAAAGCAG